AGCGCCGCCGGCCCAGCGGCCUGCGCAUCCGCCGCAGCGCGGCUCGAUCAGUGCGGCCGGGGCAAGAAGCACACGCACGCCGGGCCGGCCGCGUCUCCGCCCGGCCGCUGAUGAGGCGGUCACCGGCGUCUUUGCGUCUCUCUCUCUCACCACCACCACCAUGUCCGACCUCGCCAGCUUCGUGCCGCCGCCGUCGUCGCAGGCGCCGCGCGCCUUUGGGCUGCGCAUGAGCAUGCCCGCCAGCAUCGCACACAACUACACGCCCCUCACGCCCGUCGCCUUUCUGCUGCGCGCCGCCCUCGUCUGCCCCAACGCCCUCGCCGUCAUCCACGCCGAGCGCGCCGUGCAGUACACGUACGCGCAGUGGGCCGCGCGCUGCCUCAGCCUCACGUUUGCCCUGCUCAAGACGCCCGGCUUCACGCCUGGCGCGCGCGUCGCCGUGAUCAGCCCGAACAACCCCAUGAUUCUUGAGGCGCACAAUGCCAUUCUCGCUGCUGGCGGCAUCAUCAACCCGCUCAACAUCCGCAACUCGCCCGCCGAGAUCGCCUACGUGCUCGGCCACUCGGGCGCCACGAUCAUCCUGUGCGACUCAGAGUACGCCAAUCUGCUGCCCAAGAACCUCAGCAAAGACAUCGUCGUCGUGAUCAGCAACGACUCGGGCGGCCGCGAUCCCAAGGACCCGUACGAGGCCUACCUGGCUGGCGGGCGGCGCGAGUGGGAGGCGCAGGAGCGCAGCAGCAAGAAGGGCCUGCUGGGCUGGGAGCUCAUCACGCACAUCGAGGACGAGAAUGCACCGGCGGCGCUGUGCUACACCUCAGGCACGACGGGCAAGCCAAAAGGCGUCAUCACGACGCACCGCGGCAGCUUUCUGGGCGCCGUGUCCAACGCGUUUGAGGCUGGUCUGGGCCCUACGAGCGUGUACGCUGCGCUGCUCCCGUACUUCCACGCCUGUGGCUGGACCUUCCCCUGGGCCGUGACCGCCGCCUUCGCGACGGCAUACACGAUGCGCAAGGUGGACAACGAUGCGAUUUGGGACGCCUUGCUCAACGCAGGCGUGACGCACUACGCCGGCGCACCGACGGUGCAGAUCGGCAUCGUGAACCACCCCAAGGCCAAGAAGCUGCCGCGCGUCGUGCGCGUUGCCGUCGCGGCCAGUGCGCCGACGGCACAGCUGCUCGGCAUGAUGGAGAGCCUGAACCUCGUGCCCGUGCAUGUGUAUGGCCUCACGGAGACCUACGGCCCCGUCACGCGGCGAUACACGGAGCCAACAUGGGCUGCUAUGUCGACCGAGGAGCGGGCACGGCUGAUGGCGCGGCAAGGGCACGGCUACCUGACCUCCGAUGAGGCGCGCGUCUGCAGAGUCCCACCGGAAGGCGCGGACCCGCAGGCGACGCCGCUGGAGGAUGUGGCGCGCGACGGCAAGGAGAUGGGCGAGAUCAUGCUGCGCGGCAACAUGGUGAUGAAGGAGUACUACAACGACAAGGAGGCGACGCGCAAGACGUUCCGGGAUGGCUGGUUCUGCACUGGCGACUUGGCGGUGCGCAUGCCUGGCGGCGAGCUCAACAUCCUCGACCGCGGCAAGGACGUCAUCAUUUCUGGCGGCGAGAACAUCUCCUCCCUCAUGGUCGAGAGCGAGAUGGCCACGCACCCGGCCGUGCUCGAGUGCUGCGUUGUCGGACGCAAGCACGAGAAGUGGGCCGAGGUGGGGCACGCAUUCGUCGUGCUCAAGCAAGGGCAGAGCGCCGACAUGGAGACGCUCAAGGCGCACUGCCGCGAGCGCAUGAGCAAGUUCGCCGUGCCCAUGUACUUCGACUUUGUCAAGGAGCUGCCAAAGACGUCUACAGGAAAGGUGCAGAAAAAUGUCCUUCGCGCACGCGUCGCCGACGCGCCGCAAGCCAAGCUGUGAAGGACGUGCGAGCGAUUCCGAGACGCGUAUCAGCCACACGGCGGCCUGUAACGAUGCUAAUGCUAUGCCAUUUGGAGUUUUUGCAAGGCAGGGAUGGCGGCGCGAGCAGUGCGCC